CACCAAUAUAACGAAGUUGAAGCAGUUCUGUACAGAGUAACAGGCCAAGAUUCAUCCAAAUCAAUCUACAGGGCUGAUCAACGGCUACAGGAACCGUUUGGUUGAAGUCAAUGCUGCUCCAGGGGGUCACACCAGUUCCUGAAAGCAGAGUUAUGAGGACUGCAGCGUCUGGGUACAGAAGCAUCUGGUCACCUUUGAAAUGACGCAGUCAGUCUGCUGGCACAGAGUUGAAGAUGAGGUGGAGAUUACCAGACAAGGAGACACGUCGGGGAGGUCAAACUUCAGUCUGUUCUUAAUGAGCUCCAAUCCAGAGAAUCUUGAAUUCAGAUGUCAUUUGCUCCGGCACAGGAACUUCUGCAGUCAUUGUCCACACCUGCCACUGUUCUUCAGACUGGCAGAAAUUUAACUGACACCAUGAGUAAAAGGAAAUACCUGCUGGCCACAGCCCGCCUUUUGAUGCCUGCCACUGGCUUAAGUCUCAUCUGUGUCGGUGCCUACAUAAAAUCCAUCGAAAAUGAAGAGCUGGAGACACUAGUAGAUGUCUUUGCUUACAUUCUCAUCAUCCUUGGCCUCAUUCUCCUUGUUCUCGGAGUGCUGUGGUCUGUCGGCCAUGGAGUGAAGAACGUGCUGGUCAAGUGGUCUGGGAGGAGGACCCAAAACAAUGAUGUCCAUGUUUUUACUGUAGACAGGCCAUGCAUCUUUCCUCCAUCAUAUGAAGAAUCUGAGGUUAGAGAUGAUGUCGAAGAGGGGACUGUCAGGCGGUGGCAGGGCUUAGCCCCUCCAAUGUACACUGAGAGCAGCGUAGAGACUUGCACUGAAGAUUUCAGUCAUGAAGAACCACCUACAUACCAGCAAGCCGUUCUCCAUAGCCAGGCUGCUCCACAAACCACCUGUCUACCAACAAACAGCUCUGUAGAGCCACUCUGA